AGGAAUAAAAAUGGUAGAUUUAGAGUUCUCGUGAUAUAAGUUCAGAAAAGAAAUACUGUACCUCAGGCACUGUGCUGGAACACUUUGAUUGGAAGGAAAACUAUGUACGACAUUUUGGUAGUGUUAGGGAAAUUUGCGUGUCAUAGUUUAUAAAGUUUUGGUUGGUAAAGUUGCAGCGUGCGUAUGCCGAUUUUGCGUUUGGAUUUGAAAUAGAUGAUGCUGAUGUGUUAUGUUCGUAUUUAUGAUUAAUUUAUUUCCAUCGAGAUUUUACUAUGACAGAAAUGGAUCAUUCCGUAGUAUUUUAUCAAAAAACCGCAGAACUUGAAGAGAAAUUAAGGAAAAGUGAAGAAGAACGUUUGAAACUAGAAAAGAAUUUUGCUAUAAUGGCAAGAGUUUGUGAUAAAGAGAACCAAGAGCAGGCAGGCACCACCUGAAGGGAAGCCUGCAACAGUUGGGAACAACUGCAAUUGGCCAACAUAUACGGGCAGCUAACAUUCACUAAAGAAGAGGAAAAUGGAACUAAACGCAGCAGGUUGUGCAUGGAUAGCAGUCAUUAGGGCCAGGCAUACGGCAGAAGGCGACACAAUGAGGUGGAACAAUCAUUAAUGCUAACCAUCAAUAAGCUGCUGUACUCGCUCCGCUCAUGCUCUGGGAAGCAGAGUGAGGGAAGAAGCAAGGCUGCGGGCCCUGCAAGACUCGUAUGACAGGUUCCUGAAGGAGCAUCGAAAGCGGAGGAAACGAAAUGACAGGAUACUGCAAACUCUGCAUAGAAUUGAGAACCAGGCUGCUAUGAUGGCUGCAAAAACAGACCGGCUAAAACUCUUGAGACAACAUUAUGAAGCCUACUUGAUGAGAGUCUAUCCUGAAUGGAAAUUACAAAAUCAAAUCCCGAACGGUAAAGGCUAUCUUCACGUAGAAAAGUUCAGGCCAUUAAACACACCACAUCAGUACAUGCCUUCAAAUUGUGCUGAAUAUAACUCUGCAGCAAAGCUGCCCACUGUGCCACAGACUGAUGCAUACAGAAACAUUAUCUCAGGACCGGCGGACAGUAACCCAGUUUUCAUACCUUCACUCAGUGUGACAGACUAUCCACAAGUACAACUUUCUCGCUCGCCAAACAAGAUUUCCACCAUGGGCAGAAAUAUUCUACCUAGCAAAAACCUUGGUGUGAUUGCCAGUGAACAGGCUUAUGUUACGAAACAAGGAUCUAAUGGCAGCACUCAUGGUUUGGACUUAAGAAGUGGACAACUGGAAAGUAAUGCAGGAAAGUCAUUAAGGUUAGUAGGUAGUGGUAUCUUGAAGCCUAAUGAGGACAGUAGACUUGGGAGCAUUUAUGACUUUGAAGCAGAGCAAAACACAAGCCGGGACCUAUUAAAUCUGUCUUUAUCGGACGAUGGUAUUCUACAAGAAGAUUUACCAGUGCACAAUGCCAGAUUGCAGGAUGAUGUGCCAGGAAUGUUAUCCUUGGCUCUACAUAGUGUUGUUAGCAAUGACAGCAAGACAAAAGGGCAAAUUCCCAAGAUAAAGCCAGAACAUGAUCUCUUUCCCAAAAUUCACGAGGCAGGAGUAAGGGUCCCAGAACACGUAACAAGAGAUAACAUAAAGGGAUCAAGUAGAGGGCAUCCUUUUUCUUUGAGGCAAGAAGAAGGGCAAAUUGAUGCUGGAAGUUUCAUGGCAGAUGCUAGACAUGAUGGAAGUGGCUUUCAUGAGAGUGCAGAGAGAAUGAAAUUGAAUGACAUACAUGGAAGUAAUUUACGUGAGAAACACUUGAUGCUGUCACUGGGAAAAACAGUGCAGCCUGAAGCUGUUGAAAUGGUGCAGCAAAAUUUAGAAUUGGUGAAUAACCAUCAGUCUAUUGAGCCUCUGACUACUAACCAGAUCUUACAAAAAGAGAAUAAAAAUACUCAGCUUCGUUUGUUUAGUUCAGGCAAUGCUGCAAGCCAGUCUGCAGCAAGUAUGGCUGCUACAAACAGAGUGGAACAAAAUGUUGUGGUACCAUUAAAAAAAAUAAUUAAUCGUGGUCAAGAAAGAGACUCUAAUGUCAACAUACAACUAUCAAUACAUUCAGACGAAAACUAUGAAUAUCGUAACAAAAGAGACAGUGAUCACAUUGGAGAGAAAAACACAACAGUAUUACAUGAAAAAGAUUCAAAGAAAGACAAUGUAAAGUUUAAUGAACAUAAUGACAGUGAUGAUUACAUAGCUCAAAAACAAGCAUUUAUAGAGAAAAGACAGCAUGAAAAUGAUAUUCCUAAUAACUCUUCCUGCUCAUAUACUGACAAAAUAAAUGAUGAUAUGAUAACAAACAUCCAUGAAACCAAUCAACAAGAAAAGCAUGACGAAAAGUUAAUUGCAGAAGAGGCAGAAACACACAAAAAUGUUAGUAAGGCAAAACAAUAUAGUGUGGAUACAGGGCAGUACAAAAGUGUUGAUAAUGAUUUGCUUUGCACUGGAAAUGAAACUGAACUGUACCAAGCAGUUGGUGAGGAUGGAGAAUAUAUUAGUGGUGAAAUGGGGUAUAACCAAGUAGGAGGGGAAAGUAAGCUGAACAUUGUAGAUGAGGCAGGGCAGUAUGAGUCAGGUGGUGACAAAGGACAGUACCAGAACAUUGGUGAGGAAGAACAAUACAUUGUAGAUAAGACAGGAAAGUGCCAAGAAGUUGGUGAGAAGAAACAGUUUGUUGUUGAUGAGUCGGGACAUUACCAAAACAUUGAUGAUGAUACCAAGUUUAUUUUAGAUGAGACAGGGCAGUCCCAGGAUGUUGGUGAUUGUGAAAAGUACAUUGGAGGUGAGACUGAGCAUCACCAAACAUUUGAUAAUGGUAGACAGAUCUUUGCAGAUGAGGCAGGACAGUACCAAAAAGUUGAUGAGGAUGGGCAGUACAUUGUAGAUGAGGAAGGACAAUACCAAACAGUUGGUGAGGAGGAACAGUACUAUGUAGAUGAGACAGGGCAGUACCAAAAAGUUGGUGAGGAGGGACAGUACAUUGUAGAUGAGGCAGGGCAGUACCAAAAAGUAGGGGAAGAUGGACAAUACAUUGUAGAUGAGGCAGGACAGUACCAAACAGUUGGUGAGGAGGGUCAGUACUAUGUAGAUGAGACAGGGCAGUACCAAAAAGUUGGUGAGGAGGGACAGUACAUUGUGGAUGAGGCAGGGCAGUACCAAAAAGUAGGGGAAGAUGGACAAUACAUUGUAGAUGAAUCAGGGCAGUAUCAAGAAGUUGGUGAGGAGGGACAGUAUAUUGUAGAUGAGACAGGUCAGUACCAAAAAGUUGAUAAGGAGGGAGAGUAUAUUGUAGAUGAGACAGGUCAGUACCAACAAGUUGAUGAGAAGGGACAGUAUAUUGUAGAUGAUACAGGUCAGUACCAAGCAGUUGGUGAAGGAGAGCAGUAUGCGGUGGAUGAAGCAGGUCAGUAUAUUGUUGAUGAGUCUGGGCAAUACCAAAGAGUUGGUGAGGAUGGACAGUACUUUGGAGAUGAAACAGGACAGUACCAAGAAGCUGGUGAGGAGGAACAGUACUAUGUGGAUGAUGCAGGGCAGUUCCAAAAAGUUGGUAAGGAUGGACAGUAUUUUGUGGAUGAGGCAGGACAGUAUCAAAUAGUUGAUGAAACUGGAAAAUAUUCUGUUGAUGAAGCAGGACUUCACCAUACAGUUGGAGAGGGGGCACAGAACACAGUUGAAAUUGGGGAUCACCAGAGAGGCCAUGAGGGUGAAAUGUACAGUGAAGAUAAGCCGGGUGAAUAUGAAACAGGUGCUACAGAGAAAAACACCUCAAAUGAAUCAGAACUGAAUCAAUACCAUGAGAAGGAUGAAGGAUAUACUGUAGACAAAAAAGAACAGUUUCAUCCAAGUACCGACCAAGAGCAAAACAAUGUGAGUGAUGGGAGAGAGCAUGUGACAGCAAAAGCAAGAGUAGAGCAGGGCAUACGUGAUGAUCACAGCUUUGACCCCGUGUACGUAGUUGAGGGAUGUAAGAACAUAGUAGGUGUGGUGGAGGCAGAUGAUAAGGAAGAGAGAGAAGAAGCACUGCUUGGAGUGGGCCAUCCUACUGAUCGGAGCAGCUCUGAUGUGUCUAAUGCUGGUGGUCCGGGCGAGGUGAAGGUGCAGUCGAGCUCUUCCGUGGGGAACCUGGACAACAGUGAUGGGAUGCCUGGAGCUGCCAAAUCACUUCAUGGCUCAGAGGUGCCGCCACAACGGGCGAGCAACAUGGCUGGCAGAGGCAGUCAAGUGGGUGACUCGCAGCCGGGCAGUGGCAAGGGAGAUGAAGUGGCAGCCGGGGAGCAGCAGCUGUCGCGAGAGGCGAUGAACCAGCGCGUGAGGGACGUACUGGGCGGGCUAGGGCAGGAGACGAGCGACGAGAGCAGCGAGGUGCCGGCCCUCCGGCAGCCCUUGCUCCCCAGCAAGAGCCCCGCAGCCAAGAAGCUCCCGGGCUUGUCCAGGACGAUGGAGUCCGACUCGGACUCGCUGCAGCUCAACGCCAAUGACGACAGCGACGACUUUGACUUCAGCAGCGAGAAGUAAAGACACUCUCUAUUGUACGUUACUUUGGCUGUCUCAAGUGUUCCAUAUCUUCAACUCUCAAAUUUUGUUAUACUCUUUGAGGUUAACGUUGGUGCUUGCUGUUUCUGAUAUGAUAGUAUAUUAACAGCAACUUCCUUCGCAGAUUAUUCUAGAUGAGAUUAAUUCACAGUUUGUUUUAUGUGAAUAGUAAUAUUAUAUAAUUGAGUUAAAAACUGAAGAUGUAAUUGGUCUCAGAAUUUUGAAAAAUUAAUUUUUGUAACAUGUUAAGAAGACAACUUAUCUGAGGGGCUGAAGAAAAAGAAUGUGCAUAUAUAUAUAUAUAUAUAUAUAUAUAUAUAUAUAUAUAUAUUUCAUGAAUCAUGGCUAUAUUAUCAUAAGUAGAUCAAAAGCAGCAUGAAUUCAGCCAAACACUUAACUGAAUGUACUUGUCAUGAAUCCUGGUCAGUGAUCACUGAUCUUGGUCAAAUACCUUCCCUAUGUGUUACAAUCAGAUUACAUUAUCUAAAGGCAAGGAAUCACGUUACCUUCGCAACUGAUUAUUGUCACAUCUGUGCUCGUUAAGUGUGCCAUUAGCUCAUUAGAGGCCAUAAAAAUCAAGAGUAUAUGCAGAAGUUUAUUUUGUGGAGGGGUAGGAAUUAGAAACACUUUGCAUGCUGUUUUGUUUUCAAUUUCUUUCCUUUGGUGGGAAUGAUUCAUUUUUAUAAAAAAAAAAAAACAUUUUUUUUUUAUUUUCAGGGGGGGGGGGGGAGUGCCGAUAAUAUAUUCCACCCUAUUCCCUCCUAUGCAUUCGCCCCUGAUAAGGAUGCACAUAAUGAUCCUCACAACUGUUUACGUCUACAAAAAUAGCUGAUAUCCUAUAAGAUAACUUUACCUGGGUCAUUUCUGUUAAAGUGUAAUUUUAGGGAGGUUUCAAAUACAGUCAGUUCAGGCUAUCUGUUUUUUUAUUUGCCAAGAUACUAAACAAAAUUUUGCCUUCUACUGUUCUGACCGAAAUGUGCAUACAGAAAAUUUAAGUAAAAUGCAGGCAGUACCUUUUUUCUGUUGACCUCUGUGUGUGUGCCAUAGUUUCAUUGUCUUCUGCCCACCACACAACAGACUUUUCUUCAUUAUGAGAGCCAGCCUAACUCUCUGAAACUUUUAGUAAGUCUUCUGCAAAAGUUCUCAACAUUAAUAUUUUAUGGUAUUGACAGGAACAGUAACUACUGAAUUAAGAAAUUGAAUUUUUUUUUUUCAUAUUGAAUGAUAUUGGAUUAAUGUCUGAAGAGUUGUGUCACCUAUUUCAGCUUCUUUCAUACCAAUAAGUAGGAACACAGAAAUCAGCUCAAAAAGCCUUAUUCUCAUAAGCAAGUCAGAGAAAGCCAGUUGGCCAUUUUCUUUGAAAUGCUUGCUGUGAGAAACCUGAGAAAGUACAUACAAUUUUUAAUUUAAUUUGAGUACCCAAUGUUGUUGGUUGUACAUUUCAAAUGCACCUAUGGCAUUAUUAUUGUUAUGAUUCAUACAAUUUACAUCUAAUAUCUCCAUAAUUCAACUAGUUAAGAGACAAGAUUUUAUGUUUUAAUUUCUAGGCCCAUUUUGUUUUCAAAAAAAGGAGAUUUGGAGCUGUCUGUAGUGUUUGAAUUUUUUUUUUCCCACGUGAAUAGAAGCAGCUUCAGAAUGUGUUAGCUACCUUCUUAAAAGCCUUUUAGCAUCUGGUUUAAUUUUAAUCCUUUCAACAUAGCCAAAAGAAAAGGGCAUGUGCUUUAUCCUUAAACCCAAGGAGUAUGCAUUGAACUUGUUAAACAUAUCUUAACCAUCAAAUUAGAGAGAGUCCUGCUUAAAGCCCCAGAGUUGCGAGCAACGCAGGAAAAAGAUUGCGCACCAGCUCACUAAUUUAAAACAUUGUGUUCUAAAAUGUUUCACUAGCCAUCACAAGACUUACCUUGUUUUAAUCUGUUGUCUUGGAGGAUUUAUUACAUUUAUUACAUUGUCAUAAAUUGUGUAUUUCUACUUUUAUUUUGCUAGCAUUACUUACAGUAACUUUACAUCUUGGCUUAACUUGAGCAAGCACGUCCAUUUUUUUUUGUCAUUGAUUCGGACACAGACACUGUUUUAUGAAAAGAAAAUAUACAUUGUGGAUAUACGUAUUAGUUUUAAGUAUGUGAUAUAACAUUUAAUUUUUUAUGCUGUUCAAAAUUAAAUCACUUCUUUGUGAUUCAAAAAUUUUCAUAUUGGUGUCCAGAAGAAGUCAUAUAUAUGUAUUUGGAAACAUAAUUUUAAAUAGCAAUAUAGUAUGUUAUGUCUUUUAACAGUAAAAUUAAUUAAAUAGUCAACAAAUAUGAAUAAAUGUAUAUGAUAUAUUGUAACCAUUAUAUGUGUACCUGCCGAUCGAAGUUAUGCCCUAAUUUGUUCCAGGAAAACAGAGCACUAAUCAAAAAUGUUUUUUCCAUAAGCAUAUAUAUGUUAAUCAAAAUAAUUUGUUUCUAAUCAUGUAAGUGUGCUGGCUGACAACCAUUUUAAUCAAGUCACUAGUCCCAUUGAAAUAUAUUUACAUUUCUAAUAUAUGUCUAAAUAACAUUUGAUGUACAUUUAAAUAAAUUUUAAUUUUGAUAUUAAAAAACCUAAAAUUAAAUUACAGUAUAAAAAAUUUCUUAGGCCACAUUUUUGACAUAACAGGACUUGGGCAUAACAUUACCUAACUAGUAGACCUGUGCGAAUAUUAAAAUUUUUGAAUACAAAUAUGAAUAAAUAAAUUAUUCAUAUUUGAUUCAACCUAGAAUACUAACACUUCGAAAUAAUUUAUAUUAGUUUCCUAACGAAUAUUAGACAUAGCAUACCUCAGGACAUUGUCUUAUGCCAACGUUUACUGUUGAGGUUUUUUCUGCAGUAUAAAUACCCUUUUUUAUGUUAUAAUGGGACAUCAUAAUAAAAAGUAUGAACAGUAAGUGACGUUUUAAACAUGCAACAAGUAUUAAAAAUUUUUUUUGACUAUUUUCUUGUUAAAUAGUAAUGGGAAAAUCGCGUGGACAAUCCAAAACACGGCACUUUAGUCAUUUCAAAUUUGAAAAUAAAAUAUUAUUUGUAUUUUAUCACACUUACUAAAAAUUUGGGGGGGGGGGGGGGGGGGGGGAAGUCAACAACCAUUGACUACAACACCACUAAACACGGACACUCCAUUGAGAUAGGCUUUAAAAGAAGUAAUCGUAAUAAUUUCAACAGCUUGUAAAUCGAUAGUUGCAAUUGAUCUAACACCAUGUAAUACAGUAGCAGUUACUUACUGUAUAUAUCUAUGAUGAAACAGACGUUGCUACACAAAAAUAAAAUAAAAAAAUAAUGGUUGAAGAUUGCAGAUGAAAUUAGCAAAAAUUGUUUUUAUAAUAUUGCUGAACUAAAAUACAAUUUACCUGGUGGCCGUUCAACUACGAAAACUCAUGAAUAACUAGGGUUUAAAUAUUUAAAUAUGAAAUGAUUCAGUCACCAAUUAGGAAGGACAGCAUUAAAAAAAAAUUAACAUUUUUUGUAACUAGAUUGCAAUGGAUUUCAUGGUACGUAUUUUGCGGUUAGCGAAAAUUUUCUGGAUAAAUCUGCAGAGUAACAGGUUGUAGAAAAUAAGGCAAAUAGGAACUGAAAUGAAAAGUUGGUUGGUUAGGUUAUGUUAAGUUAGGUUAGCUGCAUAAUAAAAAAUAAUUAUUUCAUAAUUUUAAUAUUUAAAAAAAAAAAAAACAUUUGCUUUAUAAUUAUUGAAGCUGAAUUAACUUAACCAAACUUUCUCUUUAGUAUUAUUUGUCUAAUUUUUCAGAAGUUAUUACAUGACAUGAAAAAAUAUUUAUUGGGAUUCUAUUUCUUAUUCUUACUAUUUGUAUUCAAUAUUUGUGUUCGCGAAUAAUUUUAUAUUCGUAUUCAAAUUAAACUAAAAGACUGAUAUUCGCACACGUCUAAGUAGACAAUAACAACAUUUUUGAUUUACAAAAUAAUAAUUAAAAUAAUAAUUUUAUUAAUAUGGAAGUGUUUUUUCUAUUGUUAGAAAGAUUAUUUAACUUCUAACAUAAUUCCAGACACUGCUGUUUACCAAAUGUGUGGUUGCCAUGAUUUGCCACAAGCACAUUCUAGUAGGCGCCAGGUAAACUAGCCCUGAAAGUUCUGGCUUUUCUCACUAGAGAUGCUGCUGAUUUGCAGGAUGACAUAAUAUAAACCACUGAAAUUAUACAGAAGAAGUCUGAAUUCAGCCAUUAAACUUGGGCUGCAAGGUCAUUACGACAAUAUGAGUUGAAAACCUAUGUAUGGUGAAGUGAUUCCCUAGGCUGGUGUAAAUCUUUGAAGUUGGCGCUGAACAACAUUUUUAUUGUAAAUAAUACAUAAAGUAUUUAAGAUAAAACACUGAGAGCCUGAUUUACGUUUAAUUGAACAAAGUUCUACAACCACAGCAAAUUUUGUCACUAGUAAAAUUUUUCAAUUGAAAUAAUUGAGGGUAACACUUUUCAUUUCCACAUAUUGUUUUGGCAUGUUACUACCUCCAAUUAUUUCAAUGAAUAAUUUUACUACAGCAACUAAAUGCGCGUGGUAGAAUUUAAAUCAAUUAAACAUAAUCUAGACACUCAGUUUUCAAUCUUAAAUACUUUUUCUAUUAUUUACAGUAAAAAUGUUAAUCCCUAACUUCAAAGACUUACACCAGCCUUGGAAAGCACUUUAUACCAUAAGUCGUUUAGGUCUUCCACUUAUUUUGUCAUGAUGAACCUGCAGCCCAAGUUUGUUGUUCAAAUUCAGACUAAUGCUGUAUAAAAUGGGCUAUAGUAAAUACGCAAUGAAGGAAGUGAAUAUGUAUUAAGGAAUUAGCAAAAUAUUGUUUGUUGAUGUCACAUUAUUGAUUAGUUGCAUUGUAUUUAAUGCUAUAUGAGUGCCAUUGUGACUACUUAUACCCAGAAAUUAAAAUUCACUUAAAGAAAAAAGUGAUAUUUCAAAUCUUUGAUCACGUUACUUCAAAUCAUGCUGUAAUUUUGUGGCGUGUUUACUUCUAAAUCACGCUAAUUGAGGAGUGUAACUUCGAUGUGCAGGUGUACUUAAAAUUAUCAACACAGUAAAAUUUUUGGUUAGGGAUAUAGUCAUUUAUUAAAAUAUGUGUGUUAUUGCUAAUCUCUAAAAGUAUUAAUAUUGAACUUUUAGUGAUAGGUUUGGCACAUAUGAGAAGCUAAUAAUCUGUGAUAGCAAAUAACUUAGUACAGCAAAUGUAUCUAGGCAAAUUAUAGAAAUAAGUCGACAGAUAACUGUCAUUUGUUAUUUUAUUUGUUAAGUGUAUAUAAACAUUUUUUAUUGUAACACAUUUCAAAUUUUAUAAAAUGGCAAAAUAAUAUGUUUCCUAUAAAAACUGUGCAUAGUCGUAAAAUGCUAAUAAAAUACAGUUAAUAUUAA